GAGGGCGUGCAACCGCGAAUCAUGCCGAUGCUGCCUCUGGGUUUCCUGCGCCUCUCCGUUUGCGUUCCGCUCUGGAGGAAAGGCUCUCGGGCUCUCUUCUCCACGGCGCCCGGGAACGGAGGGGAAGGCCCCGAGGGAGAGCCGCAGAAGCCGCCCUUCGAGGCCAGCCUCCUCCAGGUCCUCGUCUGCCCCUUGUCCAAGAAGCCGCUCAGGUAUGAGGAGUCCACCAAUGAAUUAAUCAACGAAGAGCUGGGCAUUGCCUACCCCAUCACUGACGGCAUCCCUAAUAUGAUCCCCCAGGCUGCCAGGAUGAUUGGCAAAGACAAGCAGAAAGGGGAACUUGAGCGGACCUAG